UCUUUGGUCUUUCUCUGCCUUCAUGUCUCUGUGAAUGAUGCUCAGGCUUUCAGAGCUGCUCAAGUGAACGCAAUUAUCUUUGAGAAGGGGGGGGGGUGAACAGCACAACGCCCACCUGCUUCUGUCUCUGGUGACAUAAUGCCAGCCGGGAGAGAGACACACUGGCUGGGAGUUCCCAAAUGAUCGGAGGAGAGAAAAGGAGGAGCUGGAGGGAGACGAUGUAAAGAGGAGGGGGUUUGUGUAUAUGUGUGGAAGAGAGAGAGAGAGAGAGAAAGCAGCUAGAGGAAGAGCCACUGUGAAAGCAUCAGUAAGGCAGCCAUCUGAGAGCGAUAUAUCCAGUGAUAGAAGAGUAGACACAGAGACUAACCUCCCUUCUGACCAAUGAAAGAAGCAAUGCCAGUCCUUUCUGCAGGAGCAGGGUUGCAUGAGACGCUUGCCCUGCUGACCUCACAGCUGCGUCCAGAUGCCAAUCACAAAGAAGAUAUGGUUUUUCUCAAGGACGUCUUUAGUGAGAGGAGUCUCGGCUAUCUUAUGAAGAUCCAUGAGAAGUUGCGUCAGUAUGAAAGGCAGAGCCCCACUCCAGUCCUCCACAGUGCCUCCAGUCUAGCAGAAGAUGUGGCCGAGGAGUUACAAAGUGGACCAAUGAGUGUAGAGGAGAAAGAGCUUCUACAUCUGCUGACAUCACCCCAUGUCAAGGCAGUAUUGUCAGUUCAUGACACAGUGGCCCAAAAGAACUUUGACCCGGUGCUUCCUCCUCUGCCUGAUGACUUUGAGGAUGAUCUAGACGAGGAGUCGGUCAAGAUCGUCCGAUUAGUUAAAAAUAAAGAACCACUGGGUGCCACUAUUCGGCGGGAUGAUGCUAUGGGGUCUGUGGUUAUUGCUCGUAUUAUGAAGGGAGGAGCUGCAGACAGGAGUGGUCUGGUGCAUGUAGGUGAUGAACUGAGAGAGGUGAAUGGCAUCUCUGUAAUGUACAAGAGGCCGGAUGAGAUCAGUCAACUGCUGUCCCAAUCUCAAGGUUCUAUUACACUGAAGAUCAUCCCAGCGAUAAAAGAGGAAGACAAGCUGAAAGAGAGCAAGGUGUACAUGCGGGCACUAUUUGACUACAUUCCAUUGGAGGACAAAGCCACGCCAUGCCAGGAGGCGGGGCUUCCGUUUAAACGUGGCGACAUUUUGCAGGUGGUCAGUCACGAUGAUCAAACGUGGUGGCAGGCCAAGAGAGUCGGAGACAGCAACCUGCGUGCAGGACUCAUCCCAUCAAAACUCUUUCAGGAGAGGCGAUUAGCAUACAGAACAAAAAUGGGCUCUCUUCCAAAUUCCAAAUCGCCAAAAAAAUCUUUCUAUGACCAGGGAUGUGAUAAAGAGGACUGUGACUGUGAGGGCUAUUUCAAUGGACAGUACAUAGUCUCUUCAAAGUGUAAUGCAGUGGUACCCUCCUGUGGCCAGGUGUUUUCCUGGGAUUUUUAUUCAGCUGGUUUGCGGAGAAGUUUUCGUCUAAGCCGGAAGGAUCGUCGUGGUUCUGCAGGAGAUGCCAGUGUUUCUGACCUGAAUGAGACGGAGUAUCUGACCUAUGAAGAAGUGACACGAUACCAGCAGAGACCCAAUGAGAGACCUCGAUUAGUAGUUCUCAUUGGUUCUCUGGGAGCACGAAUCAAUGAGCUGAAGCAGAAAUUGAUAGCUGAAAAUCCCUAUCGAUACGCCGUGGCUGUGCCCCACACCACACGACUCAGAAAGCCUCAUGAGAAAGAGGGAGUGGAGUAUCACUUUGUGACCAAGCAAGCCUUUGAUGCCGAUGUCCAGAAUAACAAAUUCAUAGAGUACGGGGAGUAUAAAGAGAAUCUGUAUGGGACCAGUAUAGAAGCCAUCCGCUCUGUUCAAGCCAAGAACAAGAUGUGCCUGGUGGAUGUACAGCCUGAGGCAUUGAAGACCCUGCGGACAGCAGAGUUUAAGCCUUAUGUCAUUUUUGUAAAACCUAAAAUUCCAGAAGGUCGCAGGCGCCGCAGUGCUACCACCUCACCAGGAGGCGUCGAACACGGACGAAUGACAGAAGAGGACCUGCAGGAAAUGCGUCUGUCGGCACACCAGAUAGAUCAGCAGUAUGGACACCUAGUGGAUCGGGUCCUGAUCAAAGAGGACACCGCCAGUGCCUGUGCAGAACUGCGUAGCAUCUUGGAGAGAUUGGAACGGGAGACUUUUUGGGUUCCUCUGAGCUGGGUCAGGGCUUAGUACCCCCAUACUUCCUCUUCAGACUGUUGACCAACACCCCCACUGAUAGCCUUUAAGUGCCGGGCUUAUUUUCUUCCAUUCUGUGCAGCUUGACUGCUCUUGUCCUCUAGGGUCUGGCUCCUCUGAGCACUGCCAUCUUUACAGGUACAUUGGCAUAAAGAGACCAUAGAGGUUAAAUGUACAGAUUUUGGUUGUGGGUUGGGACAUGUAGGCACAUAUGCACUUAAAUGGCCAUGAAUGAUCUUAUUUAUUUUUAAUGACAUUAGUUUUUUGUAUAUGUCAUGAAGUUUGUGGCAUAUUCAUGACAGCAAAGCUAUAAAAAAAAAUAUUGAUAUUAAAUUGCUAUUCAACAUCAGUAUUCUUCCUGGGGAAAAGGAGAUGGUCCUCACUGCAGAACCUGACAUCCAGGGGGCGAGGUUGGAUCUAGAUCAUGCUCCUCCGCCAAAUGAAGCAGUAUAUUUGAGUUGUUGCAGCCUGCAAUUAUGGUCACCAACGUUUGCUCUUAUCAAUUUAAGUCUAUGUUUGAUUAAUAAUAUAGUCAAGAAAGAUUCAUAAUUUAGUAAGUAAUGAUCACAGUUAGGUGUAAGGGGAGGUGAGGGACACGUUCCUGACAGCGUGAUAUCACUGAAGGGAUUUAUUUGCGACCCGCUUGGCUGUACAUGAUCCCACUUAUUACACUGCUAUUCCUAUACGAGUAAAUAUAAAACACGAUUUUAUUUGAUAUCUUUUAUUAGCACAAUUGUAAAAGUGAAAAGUAAACCUUCUGUGAGGGAAACCUGUUUCUUUAUGGCUGUAAGCAAAGACUCAUUAAAACAAGUUCAAAGAUAAACAUUAAAUUUAUUAAUUUCGAAAUAACAUGCCAUAUAUAUGUUAAUAACUACGCAUAUUAAUACUGUAUCCAUUCAUAGGUAUUAAACUGUGCGUGGUAAGAUUACUCGUAGUACCCAAAAUAUUUUACUCCAAAACAUUAUAGCAAAAAAACUUACAUUUCACCUUAACAGCACUACUUUUAUUGUAGUCAUAAUAAAGUAAAGUUUGUUUCUCCAUCAAAAUAAUAACUUAAUUUAGUUACAACUUAAUUUGUAAGAUAUUUGCAGUAAAAUAUCCAAAAACCACUAGUCCGGUGUUAUAUAUUUUGUCCAGCUUAUUACUAUCAAAAUCUAUAAUGUUUUCAACUACUUGUAAACUAUGAGAAAAUUUCUGCCCUUAACACAGGGCAGUGCAGUUGCCUGUAAAUGACGUUAAUAUCUACGUUACCAUUUGUUAGCGCCUUUACUGACGUAAAAACCACAUGACAACAGUGUCAUGGACAAAUGCGGAAGUAAUAGCGUCUGUCGGGCCACUCGCUUUUUAAUGGUAAGUUUGUUAAUCUGAACACUUAAUUCUGUGAUAUGUUAACAAACCAUCGUAUUGGACUAAUACUGUAACAUCUAUGACUAACAAUUGUGUUUUGAACAUUACAUGAAACCUUACAUAAUGUCAUCAAACACAACAUUUAUAAAACUUGAUUACUUUACCUCAUGUGUAACAUGAUUGCUCAUUCCCGUCUGAUUGAUGGCCAUCAACGUUUGAGUUAAAGAUAACAAAUCCCAUCAGUCCACGCUGCUUCAGAGCGUCAUUAAUCUACGUCAUUGUUAUUGAUGUGAUCUGGCGCCCCCUAGCGGCGCGGAUUAUACAAAUUGCAUCUUUAAUAUAGAAAUGGUAACGCAACAACAAGUGUAUGACGUGUGUUGUUCUAAAACUGCCGACCGAUCAAAAUGCAGUGGGAAGAGAUCUUUGGACCUGGCUCUGGAUCCAACUCCGCCCCCUGGAUGUCGUGUUCGGCAGUGAGGCUCUACUGGAAAAGGGCACUUUGGGAAAUUUAUAGGUUGGACCAUAAAUUUUUAAACAAAUAUCAAGCUGAUUCAUUGUAAUGCACACCCAUAAAGAGACUUUCUUAGUGACAAAUCAUUUUGUUUUACCGUCCUAAAGCUUUCGCUAUUAUGUCGUCUACUUUCAUCAUAAAAUCAGGUUCUCUUUGCAGAGCAUGACUGAUCAAUGUUUAAUCCUAGCAAAUUUCUGCGGUGCCAAUGCCUGUCACAAUGCACCUACUGUAGCUUUUCUUGACUUCGGAUUUUCUUUAACAAGAGGGUUAUGAGAUACAUGCCAAAGCACUUAAGCUGUACAAUAUCUGUGUAAAUAUGUUAAAACUAAGCUUCGUUAAGCUUGGGGUUUUAGUUGUAGACGAACCGAGACAGUAAUACCUAGCCCCUUAAUUUAAAACCAGAUACAAAACUUUUAAUUAAAGCAACACUAAAGAGUUUUUAGUCUUUGCUCCCCCUACAGGUUGGAAGCGGAAUUGUCCAUUACCACGGUCGUAAAUAAUUUAGCCUACUGCAGCAAAGCUGGCUCUGAUUGGAUUGUAGGUCUGCCGUAAAGCAAGUUUUUGUAGUUUUCACUCGACCCGACGGUAGGAAAUUUCUUAAGUGCGGUUUUGGCCGAUAGAGGGCUGCAAAGCGAAUAUGAAAGUGCCGUUCACCCUGUUUCGAGUGGAUGAACGACUGAAACUUUUUUGGAAACGUUAUUUUAAGAUAAAAAAAAACUUUAAAUGUUUAUAAUUUUGUAAAAAUCUGGUUGUAAGGCUCGGAGUGAAAGUCCUGUGUGUAUAUGUCAGGGUCACAUCAAGAUCUCGCCUGUAUCGGUAUACAUUGACUGUAACUUCUACAAUUCUCUUUCUGUCUUGUAUCAUGAAUUUCUCUUGAUCUUACCUCAUCCUGGUUUUGAA